AAUGAUGAUUAUGACGAAGAAUUCGGAAUUGAAACAGUUCCUUCUAUUAAAACCAGUACUGUAAGUUAUGUUACGGAAAAUAUCAAAGAUAAAUCAACAUUAUACAUAAUGGAAAACGAUAAUCAAAAAGUUGCAACAAAAGAAUAUUACACGGUAGCAUCUUCUCCCAUUCCAACUGAUUCCGACGAUACCGAUCAAAAUCUACGAAAACAGCAAAAUUAUGAUCCGAAAAUGAAAAUUUUGCCGGGUGAAGAUAAACUUAAUGAAACUAUGAAAUAUUCCAAUAUGAAACAACCACGGAAUCAAAAUGAUAGAAAAAUCCGGCGCAAAGAGAUCACCGGAUCCGGUGCAAUGGCAUUGCACAAAUUGAAAAUACGUGAUAUUGUUGCUUUAGUUUCAUUUGCUUUCAUAAUGCUAUAA